CAGGGUCAUCGACAUAGAUGAGGGUUUAAGCAUUCUAGUCUCUAUCACUCACAAACUUAACCCUAGCUAGCAGCAAUGAGCGUUCUCGUCAAACUCCUUUCAAGAAAUGCAUCACAAUGCUUGAGCAGAACUAUUCACCAUGAUUGGCGCUUUCCUCUUAUUUCUCAAUUCUUCAGGAGCCUCCAUUCCUUCAAUUCCCCGGAACUCCAAUCCGGGACUCCAAAUUCAAGAAGGUCAAUAACUUUCUCUGCACCCAACCAUGCCGCUACUACUUCCGUAGCAUCUCCCGCUUUGAACCUCGAUAAUCGCGUUCCAGCCACCAUCAUCACUGGUUUUCUGGGAUCCGGAAAGACUACUCUAUUGAAUCACAUUCUAACAUCUGAACAUGGAAAACGAAUUGCUGUUGUCGAAAAUGAGUUUGGUGAAGUGGACAUUGAUGGUUCAUUGGUGGCUAGUCAUUCAUCAUCAAACGAGGACAUAGUUAUGGUUAACAAUGGUUGCCUUUGUUGCACUGUGCGUGGGGAUUUAGUUAAAAUGCUUCUGGAGUUAGUUAAGAAGAACCAAAACAAAUUUGACCAUAUUGUGAUAGAGACAACAGGUCUUGCAAAACCAGGCCCUGUUAUUGAAACAUUCUGCUCUGAUGAGAUGCUAUCAAGUCAUGUGAAACUUGAUGGAGUUGUUACUUUGGUUGAUUCUAAGCAUGCCAUGCAACGAUUAAAUGAAGUGAAACCUAGAUUUGUCGUCAAUGAGGCAGUUGAGCAAGUAGCUUAUGCAGAUCGUAUAAUUUUAAACAAGACAGAUUUGGUAACUGAAUCUGAGAUAGAGAAAUUAACAAAGCAAAUUAAGCAUAUUAAUUCGAUGGCACAAAUAAAACAAGCAAAAUAUGGGGUUGUCGACAUGGAUUUUGUCUUAGGGAUUGGUGGUUAUGACCUGGAAAGAAUUGAUAAGGAAGUUCAGUCAGAUAGUUCACUUUGUAAUGACCAUCACCAUGAAAUCGGACAUGUGCACCAUCGUGGGCAUCAUCAUCACGGCCAUACACAUGAUUCUUCUGUCUCUAGUGUUAGCAUUGUUUCUGAGGGAGACCUUGACCUUGAUGAGGUGGAUGAUUGGAUCGAAAGGCUAAUUGAAGUGAAAGGCGAAGACUUAUAUAGGUUGAAGGGAGUUCUGUCCAUAAAAGAUUCUGAUGCCCGCUAUGUUCUUCAGGGGGUGCAAUCCAUUUUAGACGGCUGCCCAGGUAAGGCAUGGGGAACCGAUGAGAAAAGAAUAAAUAAGCUUGUCUUCAUAGGAAGGAACUUGGAUGAAAUUGCUCUCAGAAAAGGCUUCAAAGGCUGUCUAGUUUAAAGGAUUUAUUGAUUGAAAUGGGUGAUUUAUAAGUUAAUUUAAAAGUCAAUCUAAUGCUACAUGUCUAGUUCAAGCACAAGGGAAUUUUGUAUUUGUGAAUGAUGGAGACUACCAAUAGGUAUAUUAUUUUUGUCAAAGUGGUGCUAUAUUUUAUAAUGAAAUAACACAUACUUAGUUGGUAAA